AUGUCUGCUAUCACAAUCACGAAAAAGGAGCCGGCCAAGACCGACAAGAAGAAAGAGGCCGACGAUGAAGAGUUCGAGGAGUUCCCCGUUCAGGUAAAUGUGUCGAUCAUGUUACGAAAGAUCGGUAUUUCCAGGAGUGGACCGAGCGCGGUCAGGAUAUGGACGACGAGGAAGUCAACGUCUGGGAGGACAACUGGGACGAUGAAACUCACGAGAGCGAGUUCUCGAAACAGUUGAAGUUCGUGUCUAACAAAGAAAAUUUCUUCUUGAUGUUGUUUAAAGAUUGAACUGUUUUCGUAAAGCGAAAGAAAUUUCUUGGAAAAAUCAAGCAUUUUAUUCAUCGAAAAGUUUUUUUUUUCAGCGUUAAAUUUUCAUUGUUUCCUUUUUCAGAGAAGAGCUCGCCAAAAACGGUCACAAGGUCCAGUGA